CCGUUGUUCCGCUUUUGUUCUACUGUUCUAUUCGAACUGCUUUAUUGUUUGCUCAAUUCUUGUGCAAAAGUACAGCAGCAUGUCAUCAGCAGCCGAAGAAACGAAUCAGCAACCCGCAACACCGGCGGCGGUACCGGCUGCGGACGAAAGUGUGAACGAAAAUCCGCUGCAAGCGAAAGCCGACGAACUGGGCGCGCGAGGAAAUGAGUAUUUCAAAGAGCAAAACUACGAGCAAGCCAUCUCACUGUACACGGAAGCUAUCGAGAUCUGUCCGAAUGAGCGGUUUUAUGCGAACCGUAGUUUUGCUCACUUCCGCACCGAAUCCUACGGUUACGCCCUGACAGACGCCGAUAAAGCUAUAGCGCAGAAGAGCAGCUACACCAAAGCGUACUAUCGCCGAGCCGCAGCCCUGAUGGCGCUGGGACGCUUCAAGAAAGCGCUGGCCGAUUUUGAGUUCGUGGCCAAGCGGUGUCCGGGCUCGAAAGACGCACAGGACAAGUACACGGAGUGUAAAAAGAUGGUGAACAAGAUUGCCUUCGAGAAGGCCAUCUCCGUGGAACAACAGGAAAAGACGGUUGCGAAAAUGUGCCGGGAUCUCGAGUUUGCUUCCAUAGACGACUACAAUGGACCUAAACUGGAGGACGGAAAAGUCACUUUGGAGUUCAUGAAGAGUCUACUAGAUUGGUACAAAAAUCAGAACAAACUGCACAAGAACUUUGCCUAUAAGAUACUUUGCGACAUGGAAACGCUGUUGACGAAGCAACCCUCGCUGGUGGAGAUUACGGUACCCGACGAAGAAAAGUUUACCGUGUGCGGAGACAUUCACGGACAGUUCUACGAUUUGCUCAACAUAUUCGAGAUAAACGGUUUGCCGUCGGCCACCAACCCGUACCUGUUCAACGGUGAUUUCGUCGACCGGGGGUCAUUCUCGGUGGAGUGCAUCUUUACGCUGUUCGGUUUUAAAUUGCUGUACCCGAACCACUUUUUCCUGUCGCGCGGCAAUCACGAAAGCUUCAACAUGAACCAGCUAUACGGCUUCACCGGCGAGGUUGUGUCAAAGUACUCGCAAAACAUGGCCGACAUGUUCACGCUCGUCUACAAUUGGUUGCCACUGUGCCAUCUCAUCAACAAGAAGGUGUUGGUAAUGCACGGCGGUCUCUUUUCCCGCGAUAACGUUUCGCUGGACGACCUGAGAACGAUCGACCGCAAUCGCCAGCCGCCGGAGGAUGGGUUGAUGUGCGAGCUGCUGUGGUCCGAUCCGCAGCCCCUGAAGGGCCGUGUGCCGUCGAAGCGCGGUGUCGGUAUUCAGUUUGGUCCGGACAUCACGGAGGCAUUCCUUAAGUACAACAACCUCGACUACGUCAUUCGCAGCCACGAGGUGAAAGCAAACGGCUACGAAAUCGAUCACGACGGGAAGUGCAUUACCGUCUUCUCAGCACCUAAUUAUUGUGACCAAAUGAAGAACCUGGGUGCCUUCAUCACGCUAAAGGGCAACGAUUUGAAGCCAAAAUUCACCACAUACAAGGAGGUGCCACAUCCCUCCGUGCGGCCCAUGGCUUACGCAAGUCCGCUAAGCUUAAUGGCAUAAUAGUGCAACCGUUAUGCGGUCAUCGGUGGUGGGCAUGCUGGAAACACCAUCUUUCAUUUUACUCCACUUUUUUGCUCAUCGUUUUUAAGCGUAAACCCUGUUAUCAUUCGACUACGGACAGCUUCGGCGAUGUUUUUAAAGUUCACAGUGCAAGACGGAAAGGCACGGUUGUCGGGAAUUUUCACGUCGCUGUUAUUAAUGAAACGAUCAACAAAACAGUUUUUCAGCCUCAGAAAUUCACUUCUGACCACUGCCAAAGUUCAAAAUCUUUCAACAUUCUUUCAGAGUGUGUGCAUUUCAUAACUUAUGAAGCAGGCUUAUCACAGGAGAUCGUUAAACAUAAACACACACACAUACACACCUGAUUCGCGUGGUUUGAAGCUAUCGGGCAUGGGAAUAUCAGCCUUCUUCGAUGAUUUUCUCAACAUCAGAACGUUGCAGAACGUAGGUAAAAAACCUAGGCAGCCCUGUCUUAGCCAGUAGUAAGUCGGCUGAAGAAUCGCUCUUGGAGCUUAUUGAGGAAAAAAACAGAUUGU